UGAAUCAAUACAGUAGGGCAAAGUUCGACAUUGUUGGUUUUCUGAUAAAAUUCCUGCUUUUUUAAAGCUAAUGUUUGUUGGUGCCGGAAAACCGUCUUAUGUGCGAAAGCGCCCUGUUUUGGCAGGUGGUCUGUGACUACUUCCAUAAGAUGGGAACAGAGGGGGAUGAGCAUCUAGAGAAAGUGCUGUCGUCUGUUGUAGACUUCUGUGGUUACAUGCAGAGGUACGUUGAUGACCUGAAGACAGUAGAGGACCCAGAGAUCCAGCUGGGUUGAGAGUUCAUCAUAGAGCAGUUACUACAGAUCACCAGCCUCAUGGACACGGCCGACGCCUCAUCUAGGAAAGCCCUGGAGACCCUAAUGCACAACAUGCUGAUGGCAGACCACGUCAGUCACAGGCUAGUAAAACCGAUCGUCGCGCGGAUCUGCGCACUUCGUGGUACGGCGGAGGCCAUGAUCGCGUAUUUCGCAGAGAUUGUGUCUGAAAUCCGUGAACCUAUCACGGUGGUUGAGAAGGACAUUGAAUCUGAGAAGCAACGACAGAUCAACCUGAAGAUCGUGCCAGGCAUACAGAACGAGGAUGCUGAAGUGCGUAACACGGCCAUCCAGGCCCUGGGACUGUGCUGCUACCUGAGCAAGGACCUGCUAGUCACCUACAUUCCUCUUUUUAUGCAGGCUUCCCAAAUCGAGGUGGAAGGCGUACAAGUGACGGCUCUGCAAAUUCUCUUCGACCUGCUGCUCAUCUUCGGCCUGAACAUAGUUGACGCUAGCGAGACCUCGUCAUCUGGGUCCGCCGACAACGGCCCCCAGACGAGCGAACAGGAUGCCAGUAGUGUGGAGAAGGCGAGCGAUGAACGUAACGGGACCCCCAGCAAACUUGUGGCUAUUAUCUGCUCCUUUCUUGAGGGAGAGGUGGUGGAGCUGAGAACGUGUGCGGCUGAAGGCCUGUCAAAGCUGCUGCUGUCUGGUCGCGUGGUGUCCUCCAAGAUCUUGUUCGAUCUGAUAUAUCUGUGGUACAACCCGCUGUCGGAGGACGAGACACUACUGCGGGUCUGUCUGGGGACGUUCUUCCCUCUGUAUGCCUUUGCAUCCAGGUCCAACCAAGAGGUUGUGGAGAAGGCAAUUCUGCCGACCCUGAAGACCUUCCUUAAUGCCCCGCCCAUCAGCCCCCUGGCCGAGGUGGACGGAGCAACGUGGUCGAGAUACUCGUGCAGCUCACCAACACCAAACUGCUCACUGUGAAUCAGGCCAAGGAAAAUCUGAGCCAGUCUUGCUGGGAUGACAACCCAGGUCACGACAACCUCUUAGAGAGAGGUCUGCAACAAGAUCCUCUCGGCCCCGGACUCCGCCCACGUGAAGCUGUGGUCCCGGAUCCUCAAUCAGAUGGAGAUUAGUCCGGAUAACGAGGUCGUCAUCAAGGAUCUACGCAUCCUCCCCUACAAGAUGGUCAACGUCAGGGGUUUAAUUUUGAGCUUAUUUCUAUCUAUUUGAGUAGCCAAGAUUGCUAUACAAAUGAGCCUCGUUCUGGUAAAAGGGGGCUUAAUGCAUGUAUGUGUAGUGUUGUACCAGAUUAGUGUGUGCACUUAACACAUUGUUAACUGCACACACUAAAAUAUGCUGUAUGUCCAAAUGUUCAGUCAAACAAGCAAUUGUUUGGAUGUUUGGGACUGGAUUCUAAACGAAGAUACUAAUUGCAAUUCCGAAUAUGACCUGAUGACAGCUAAAAAAUAUUUUUGUAAAAAUAAAUUAGACCCUAAAAUGGCUAUAAAAUCUACUGAAAAAAAGCAAAUUCGUUGAAUUGAUAUCACCAGCCAAAAAUACAGUCAUUUUGUGACAAAUGGACAGACAACACCAGUUCUAUAUCCAUUCGACUUUGGAGGGGGAUACAAAUCCAGCGACAUUUAAGAAAAUCUCAUCAUUGCCAUUCGCUUGAUUUCAGAGGAGCGAAUAAGCCUGAAGGCGCUACAGAAGUUUCAGGCAACAAUAUCCAAGCUGGCGAGCAAGUUUAUCACCAAUGAUGACGACCUGCCAGGUAUAGACUUAGAGUCUGACAGACAGGCAGGGGAAGUAGCAGAC